AUGCAGUCAAGCAGGAGUUCUCCAACCUACCCCAACCACCCCCAUGACAUCUCCCAGCUCCAACAACACCAAGAUAAAUCAUCAUCUAGCCUUAUCAAUUCACAUCAUCACGUAAACUGUGGUCAAUGUAUUCAUCGAACAACAAAUGAAAACUAUCAACACUCAAAUUACCAUCAACAAAAUCAACAAAAUUAUACAUGGUGUAACCGUCAAUCUCGUUCUUUUGUAUCUCCUGUUACACCAAAAAGAUUUAACUCGAUUCAAAAUGUUUAUCCAUUACUUGGAAAUGAUAUCGUGAAUGAUUCAUCUUCUUAUAUACAUGUACAUCCAUCGGCAAGCUGUCGUACAAAUAAAAAAAGAAAACAAAGUGGUAAUGAACAGCCAAUAGCAUGUCAUCAUGAUGAAUCACCACAUCUUCAACAGAUAAAUGAUGAUACUAAUAUACAAAUAAAAUCAACAUCACCUAUUAUUCCAUCAACAAAAGUUACGGAUGAAGCUAAACGUUUUGCUCAAUCCCGUUAUCCAUUUCCACCUUUUAUUUUACACUUUAAAAGAUCCAAAAUUAAUGAUAAAGCUAUUAUUGAUGAAUUAUUGAACUUUAGUAAAGUAAAGUACUCGUUCGAUCUUGAAUUAGCUGGUUUUCGUUCAUCUUCAAUUAGAUCUAAUGAUAAUGAAUGUAACCUGCUUUUAUUUGUUAAAAAUAGUUUAUCAUUUUCAUUUUUAUAUUCGGAUAUUAAAUGGCCUGAUAAAUUAGGUGAUGAAGCUUUUACUAUUAAUCGUCAACCAGCUAUACCUCCACAACUUGCUCUUAUUAUAACCAACGUUAGUUACAAAACGAACUUAAAUGAGUUCGAGAAUGACUUAAAAGUCAGGUACGAGAAUAUUGCUAAAGUUAUUCGUUUAAAAAAUAGGAAUCAAUUUGAUACAAAAUUAGUUAAAGUCGAAUUUAGUUCAUCAAAAACCCGUGAUGAUAUUUUAUCUAAUGGAUCUAUCAUGGUGCACUAUGUAAAACAUGAUGUUAAAGAAUUUUUACCUGUAGCAACAAUUCUUAUUUGCUCAAAUUGUAUGGGAUUAGGACACUUUCGCAAGCAGUGCAAACAACGAGAUAUUACAUGUAAAAUAUGUGGUGAACGUUAUCAGGACCUGAACAAACAUUGUUGUCAAGGUGCAGCUAAAUGUAUUCACUGUGGUGGUGAUCAUAACUCGAAUGAUUUGAAAUGCAAGGUGAUCAAGCAAUACCGUGCUGAUUUAACAAAUUCGCUUUUAUCUUCUUCUAGUCGAACAUUCAACAAGAACUUGAACUCGUCUUCUGAUUUUCCACCAUUACCUCAACCAAUUAGAACAAAUUUCAAUGAAUAUAAUAUGCCACUGGGUGGUACCAAUGAAAUUAUGUCAAAGUUAGACCUGAUUCUUAGCUCAAUGAACAAUAUCAACAAUGUUAUAGGUGAUCUUACAAAACGUACUGAACAAAUUGAAAAAUGGUUUAAUGAUAAACGUGAAUUAGAUUUAAAAACUGAAAGUGAAAUUAAAGUAUUACAGCUUGGAAAAGUACGUCAUGAAGGUGAAUUAUUACAACAUGCAAAAUUAAUUGAAAAAAUGAUUUUUCCGGCCUUAGAUGAUAUGAUCAUGUUAUUGAGUGAGCUGAACGUUAAAGAUGGUAGAAUAUUAAAUGCUGAUUUCAAGUCAAGAAGUGAAGUAUGGAAAAACGAGUUUAGAGCUUAUCUCGAUAAAAGACUAAAACUUUAA